AUGGCCGUCUACACCUGUAACGAAACCGUUACGUGUCCAGAGUCGGCUCCUUGUUGUUCCCAGUACGGUGAAUGUGGUACUGGUGCCUACUGUUUGGGUGGUUGUGACGUUCGUUUCUCGUUCAACUUAUCGUCAUGUAUGCCUAUGCCCAGAAUGAGCUCGUUCGAAACCAACUUCACCGACAUAGACUCGGUCGAAAUCCAGACUGAAUAUUUGGGUAACUCUUCUGAGUCAGACUGGGUGUACACUGGCUGGGCUGCUACUCAUGAUGAUGCUCUUUUGUUACAAAUGCCCAAGAAUUCGUCCGGUACCGUUCUUUCCUCUACCAAAUACUUGUGGUACGGAAAGGUUUCGGCUACUCUUAAAACUUCUCAUGACACUGGUGUGAUCACUGCCUUCAUUUUGUACUCAGAUGUCAAGGAUGAAAUCGAUUAUGAAUUCGUUGGUUACAACUUGACCAGUCCCCAAACUAACUUCUAUGCCUUGGGGAUCUUGAACUAUACCAAUGCAGGCAAUGCUUCGUCUACUGAUACUUUUGAAAACUGGCACGACUAUGAAUUGGACUGGAAGGAAGACUCAAUUACCUGGUCUAUUAACGGUAAACAAGUUCGUGUGUUGAAUAAGGCAGACACCUGGAACGAAACUUCCAAGAGAUACAACUUCCCCCAGACUCCUUCAAGAAUCCAGAUGUCUUUAUGGCCCGGUGGUGGUGCCGGUAACGGUAUUGGUACGAUUGCAUGGGCCGGUGGUGCUAUCAACUGGGAUUCGGAAGAUAUCCAACAAUACGGCUACUAUUAUGCGUACUUGAAGUCUGUCUCCGUUGAAGCUUAUGAUUUGCCAGAUGGAGUCAAACUGGACGGUUCUAAAAAGGCAAGUGAAUAUAAUGCCUUCCUUUACAACGCAACUGGUCUUGUAAACGAAGAUGAUGUCUAUUUGACCAACAAGAAGACUUGGUUGGGAAGCAACAAUGCUACUGGGUUUAACCCCCAAAAUGAUAAAGACCCAAAGGUGGUCUCGGCCAAGAACAAGACCUCGACC